UUGUGUACGCCCAGCGUAUGCACAGCAUGUACAAUAUUAUUUCGAGUUGGCCAGUUGAAUGAUUUCGAUCUUUAGCUCAGAUGGAAGUUAACAAAAUCGGUAAUUUGGGGGCAUAAUCUCAGCUAAACCGUUUUCCUGCCUGGUCAGGAUAAAAAAAUUGAUAUUGACAUGGCAGAGGUUAUGCAGGAAUUAUUCUCAGAUGCAAGGAAACACCGAUUUUCGACGAUUCCAAAUGUCACAGAUGACGAUGUCAUCAGCGUUUGGGAAAAUGUUUCUGCUUUUGUUGAGAGACACAUGAAUAUGCAAAAGGGAGUAAACAUUCCAGGCCUCGGUACCUUUACCUUCACACAGAAGAAGCUUGACAUCGGUAACAACAAAUUUAUUCUCAUCCAGCGUCCGGUGUUCAGUCUAUCUGAAAAGUUUGCACAGACCCACAGACUGGACUACGCAAAACAUUUCACAUCAGGUCAAAUUCCAAUUGUCCAACUCAACUUCACUGUUCUAUCUGCGGAGAGUCCCUUUGACCGUGAUACAGUUGAGAGAUGUGUUAAGGAAGUGUUACUGUCAUUGUCACGGUCUGUACAAUCCAACCGCAAUGUGGAAUUUACAUUUACUGGCAUUGGUCGUCUGGCCAUACGAGAUGGAAAAGUCAAAAUGAAAUUCUACAAGGAUUUCUUGAACAUGAUGGAUGGCUCGGGAACGUUAGCAGAGGCCUUGAAAAAUAGACCAGACACGGCUGAUUCUGUUUUGUCUAGAGCUUCUACCUACAGACCUUUAACAGGAAACACACUUGUGUUACCCAGAAUUUCCCAGGGUUCCAGCAAAGGCGGAUUAGCUCUGGAAAACGAGGAACCUCUUAGAAAAAUGCCAACUAUAGAUGAGGAUCAGGAGGUCACAAAUAGAGAGGUGGAGCUCCAAGAACCAGAAGGGGAGGAAAAUGAAGAAUUGGUCCUGAAUGAAGGGGAGGAACAAGGGAAUGAAGAAGAAGUAGAAGGCACAGAUGGUCAAGAGGAACCAGUCACUGAGAAGAAAGUCUCACUGUCUCGUACUCCUUCACGUCAAGUGGCACCUACUGCUAAAGCAACCGGCAUCAGCCUGAUUGACGAUCUAACUUUACCCACCCCUCCCCGUGGGAUCAAAGGCAGCAGUGUUACCCCUUCACCACCCAGUGGCAAGCCCACUUCCCCAAAAGGGAAUCUGACGCCGCCCUGCUCACCUAAAUCUAGAUCCCCAGAGAAGCAGGCAACAUUUGCUGGGGCUGUGGAGACGAGGGAGUUUACACCUCCAGGGACAGCAUGUGGGCACAGAGCCGGCCAGGAAUUAUGCUACUUGUGUCAUCAACGAGCUGUGAGGAAUGUCCCAGUCUCAUUCGAGGCCGAGAGGAGACGUAAGGAGCAAGAGCAAGACAGACUUCUACAGCAGUAUCAACAUUUAAAGGACACUGAGGCAAUCGUCACUGAACAGGCCCAGAAUCUUGCAAACAGGCAUCACUCACAGAAGAUAGCAGCAUUCAAUCUUGGAGUCAGCGAGGCAAUCAAGAACAAAAAGAAGGAACGCCAAACAGAUUUCCAUAGAUCUUAUAUCUUCCAGCGACGCUGCCUGACUCCACCACGGCACAUCAAACAGGAAGAAUAUGCUGAUCAGCUGGCAGAGCAGGUUGAAGCAAAGGCAACCAAUAAGAUUGGCCGCAAACAUGAUCAAGAAUUCCUGGAGAGAUUAGAGCAAGUGCAGCUGGCAGAAGAACUUGCUGCUCAAAGAGAACAAUAUCUGCGAGACAAGGCAGCUCAGACAGAUAUGUACCAAAGAGCUCUCUCAGCACAAAUUCACAUCCGGGACAGACUUGUCAAAGCUGCUGAGAUGGCUAGCCAAGAUCAGCAAGGUUACAUAGAUAGGGCUGGGGGUUCUCCCAGCCAGAGAGGGUUGAUCAGUCCACGUCUUCUAGGGCCUUUGAGCCUUCCUGUACCUAAGAUCAUUCUACCAUUCUCUAAGAUGGAACCACUUAGGCUUAAGCUUCCAGAUCAGCGUACGGUUCGUUUCAAGCCUCUCCCUCUGCCAGCAGCUGUGCCCGACUCUAAAGAACCCAUCUUUGGUAAGAAUGAUGCAACCAAUGAGCAACUAGCUGAUAAGCGUCGUCGGGCCAUUGAAGUGUACAAGGAGCAACUAAAUGCAGUAGAACAUUCCCGACGACAGAAACUGUUCAAUCAUCUAAAAACACAGCGGGAAGAAAUGGAUAUACUAGACAGGACACGUCGAGAACUCAUAGAAGACAGGGCCAACCGUUACAAUGAUUCUGUCAAAACUCGCAAAUCUUUGGAAGAAACUUGGAAAGAGGCAGCCAGUCUGAAACGACAACGCGAAGAGGAGCAGAAACUACGAGCUCAGAGCCCAGGAAUCCUGAUGCAUGAACAGUGUGAGCAUUAUCAUCGUUGUGACCAAUGCAGACGUCGUCUUGGCAACUGUGGCGAGUCUAAUAUUUGGAGUGAGUCUCGAUACAUUCCAGGAUCAAGACUCAUGGUAUAACCUUUCUAUAGGGUAUAAAAACACUACAUAACACCCAAAAGUAAACUUACAAAAACAUUGUGAGAUGCAGUAAUUACAAAACGUAUUCAUUAUAUGCAGGGUAACAAGCUCUUUUUUUGGAGGGGGAGGAAUUUUUUCUUGGGGAAGUGGAAUUUUGAUGAAAUCUUUUCAGUGAAUGAGAUGAAUGCUUCCUUAACACCUCUGAGGUUUGGAUCAAGCUAUUUACCUAUGUGCAAAUUUCUAACUAAAAAAUAUUGUUUCCAGUGUGUUUAUGGAUUAAGGGAUUGUUGUGAACUCACUAUUGACAUUUGCAUGGUUUGGGAGUGAUAGGCUGAAACCACAAAUUUCUAUUUCACUGCAAAUUUUACAAGGGCUGGAACACUAAAUAAGGACAAAAGGCCAUUUUAGCUUUUUCAUGUGAUUAGUAAUAAUUCGAAGUACAAAUUGCUUGAAGGGGUAGUAUUACGAGAUACUUCUGUGGUGUGGAAGCAUUGUGGGAUUUUGUAAUCUCACCAAUAGUUCUUAAAAGUAAGCAAGUGUAACUCAUAACACGAAUCAUGGUCCUGUACACACUUAGCACAACUUUGUUUUAUUCUAAGGCACCAUAAUGGAAAUAUUUAACAUCACAAUUUUUGGAAGAAUUCCUUUGAAAUGUGACCAUUCCCUCGUAAGAAUAACUUAAGUCAAAGUUUCUCCAAUUCAAAGCACAUAAAAAUGGUUUAAAAGUGCAUGCUAUUUUUUAUAGGAUGAGAUUUUGUAUAAGUACAAGUACACAGGAAUAUUUCUGGAUUUUUGAAGCACUGUACAAAGGUUUUGUAAAUACAUGUAACAAUUCCAUACAUGUAAUUCAGUGUCUGUCUGCUUAAUCCAUAUUUAGUGAUAUUUUGGGGAGAAGCAGAGAAAGUCAGCUUAACUUUAUCUUAUAUUUACAAUGUGGUAAUUUAAUUAAAGAUUUUAGACUUUGAAAGUGAUGCAUUUUGUACCAAGUCACCAUUGAUCAUCGUGAAAGCUGUGUUAAACCGGUUGAUCUUUCUCUCAGUGUUCUUCCAAAUACAUGUAUAUGAAUCCAUUCUAAUAAAAUUCCAUUCCUAUCACAUCAAUGCAAACGAGAAUUUGUGCCCUAUUUCUUUGGCUUUUUGUUGCUAAGAUACACAUCUUGGAGACCAGAGCAUUGCUCAGGGAAUGUAUGUACACCCUUAUAGAGCUACGAGUAACCAAGCGUUAAUUAAUUACAGAGGGCUGUCGGCUUAGUCAAAACUUCAAAUUAAUGGAGACAAUCAAUUUUACAGAAUGUCCAAAUUGCAGUGCCAUUAGGGACGGGAAAGCAGCCAGGUGAUGUAGGAAACUACUCGCUAAUGUGUUUGCAUUCUCAAGGUAACAAUGAAAUAAAUGUCAACCAUGCACAAAACUGUUGAUUUUAGAUUGCUAACAUGGACAGCAAAAUAAAUGACAUCCUAAUUUUUUUUUCUGAAGACUUUAAAUGCCACUGCUGCGCUCAUAUGUCAGUACUAGUUAUCACAUACAUGUACUCUUAAUUUUAUCAAGUAAAUUUCACAUUGAUUUCUGAAAGGCUCUGAGUGUCAUCAGACUAAAUGCAGCAGCAGGGAAUAUCAAAUCUUAUGAAUUGAUUUGUCUUCAGAUGCAUAAUUUGUCCUUGCCUGAUAGAGUACUGGCGCAAUAUAUUCAUUCCAUUACAUGUACAUGCUGUCUUCACAUACAAAAGUAUGUGGCACACUUUGGUACUGCACGUAUAAAAAAACAGAGCUUUGUAAUAUAAAAAGAUACAUUUCAAUGCAAUUAAUAAUAAUAUAUCAAUAUAUAUACAGUACCUCUGUGUAUAAAGUUGUAAAGAAGUUACUGUUCAUGAUGUGAAUGCAUCAGCUAUUUUGUCAUGGACUCUACAUGUACAUGUAUUUACUCGACUUGAAAGACGACACUUGAAGUUACUACAAUAUAUACAACUCAACCUUUGACAAUCACUUAUAAGCUGCAACAGCACAACCAAACAAAAAGGACAUGUAUGUCACCAUUUUUUUAAAUUUUAUUUCCAGAGAAUAGCCUUGUCAGUUAAAAAUCUGCUAUUCUGAAGGGCCCUGAUUGCAUUUUUAAUGUUACAUGACUCGUCACUUAAUGACUUAAUAGUCAUCCUGACAAUUUUCGUAGAUAACACUUUCCUUUCUAGCUGCCUGCAAUGUUUCAACCCAAUACGACAUCUAGUUCAAGUGAUAAAGUGCUUAAGGCUGCAAGUUUAAUGCCAUGUCACUUGUAAACUGAUGACGUCAUCGUCACAUCAUGUCAAUAUUCGUAGAUAACACUUUCCUUUCUAGCUUCCUGCAAGGUUUCAACCAAAUAUGACAUCUACUUUAAGAGAUAAAGGCGGCCAUGGGACUUGUCAUAUAAUGACAUCAUCGUCACAUCAUGUCAAUUUUUGUGUGUAUUGCUUCCCGUUUUACUUAACUGCAAGGUUUCAACCCAAUCCGACAUUUACUGCAGACGAUAUAGUGCUUUGCAGGGUGCACCUUUAAUAUCAAUGAUGAUGUCAUUGUCACAUUAUGCGAAUUUUCGCGUAUAACACUUUGUCAAGAAACAUGGCCAGGGCAUGUAGUUCAAGAGAUACAGUGCUUUGGAGGUUGCAACUUUAAUGUCACAUGACUUGUCACCUGGUGUAACUUUAAUGAGGAUGCAACAUUGCAGAGUAACCAAAGUGGCACCUAGACAAACCGUGCACAAAGUGAAUGAGGUUUUGGGGAGAACAAUUAUGAAAAAUACAGAAGAAAAAAGUAGAAGAAACGGAAUGCAUUUUAUGCACAGUUGCACA